GAGAGAGAAGGAAUCCUUUGGGUUAGAACAUAUGAAGCGAAUGCAAAGUAUAUACCGCCAAGUCACCCAGAUCAAUCAAUGGCUGAGACCGCUCAUUGGUGUCAUAAAACGGUUAAAGGACCAAUUCGGUGCAGAAGAUAAAGAGCUGGGGCGCUACGUUGCCGAUCUGAUGGAAAACGUGGAAACCACGCGUGAGCAAGUUAAGCAAAUGGAGAAACAAGCCAAGUCACUCAACGACGACUUUGUCAACCAGCAACAGUACAGAAUGAACAAGGUGCGCUCUCCGUUGCCCUUUCUUGUGUAUGUGUGUGAGUAAACCAUCAGCAGUGUAGGAUGUGUGUCUGUGUAUACUGGAGAAACAAGCCAAGUCUCUCAACGACGACUUUGUCAACCAG